CACGUGACGCGAGCGCACCGCACCGCACCGCACCGCUCACGGUGCUGCGGAGCCGGGGCCUCUGUGUCUUGCCAUUCUUUCCCUCCCUCCAUCCCUCCCUUCCCCGCCUCCGCGCCCUCCUCCCUGCCCGCGGGGCGCGGGAGCCGGUGACGGGAGCGAGGCGGAGUCUGGAGGGAAGAUACCGAGAGAUAGAGAUUUAAAUCACAUCCCCGGCUGUAGAAGGGCAGCAGCAGCAGCAGCCCCGGCGUAGAGGCACGGACGCACGCGCCGAUGACAGGUCUGCCGGCUCCGCCGCUGCUGCUGCUGCUCACCAUGGGUGCCGCCGCCGCAGAGCCCCCUCGCGCCAUCGGCCUGAUGUCCAGCGUGGUGAACGACACUCUCGAGUUCUACCGCUGGACCUGGAGCAUCCGAGACAAACGUGUUGAUGAUUGGCCUUUGAUGCAGUCUCCGUUUCCAACACUGACUAUAAGCACUAUUUAUCUCCUCACUGUCUGGCUGGGCCCCAAAUGGAUGAAGACAAGAGAGCCCUUCCAGUUACGUUUCCUGUUGGUUGUUUACAACUUUGGAAUGGUUCUACUCAACUUCUUCAUUUUCAAAGAGCUGUUUUUGUCAUCAAGAGCUCGAGGAUACAGCUAUGUCUGCCAGACUGUGGAUUAUUCAGAUAAUGUUUAUGAAGUUAGGAUAGCUGCUGCUUUAUGGUGGUAUUAUGUCUCUAAAGGAAUCGAAUAUUUGGAUACAGUAUUCUUCAUCCUGAGGAAGAAAUUUAACCAAAUUAGUUUUCUUCAUGUCUAUCACCAUUUUACCAUGUUCACCUUGUGGUGGAUUGGCAUUAAGUGGGUUGCAGGUGGACAAGCUUUUUUCGGAGCUCAGAUGAAUUCAUUUAUUCAUGUUAUUAUGUACAUGUAUUAUGGAUUAGCUGCCUGUGGCCCUAAAUUUCAAAAAUACCUGUGGUGGAAACGAUACUUGACCAUAUUGCAAUUGGUGCAGUUCCAUGUGACUAUUGGCCACACAGCCUUGUCUAUUUAUAUUGAUUGUCCUUUCCCUAAGUGGAUGCACUGGGGUGUAAUUUUCUAUGCUGUCACCUUCAUUUUCCUGUUUGGUAACUUCUACUAUCGGACAUAUAAGAUGCCCAAGGAACCUGUAAAGAAUGGCAAAAUAGCAAAUGGUGCUGUUGCGAAUGGAGUAAGCAAACCAGAAAAUAAUGCAGUGGUGGAAAAUGGAAAAAAGCAGAAAAAGGGAAAAGCAAAAGGAGAAUAACUUGAUCCAGGCCUUAACCGUUGUUGGCAGUGAGGAACCUCCAGUUUGGCUUAUAAAAGAAAGAAAAACACUAUCUGUACCAAUUAACCUUAGGUUACUGAGGAGCUAGAACACAGAUAUUUUCAUUAUUUAUGAAGAUUGCUUUAAGAACAACACUAAAGUUGAAUUUCUAUUGUAAUCAUGUCAUUACCAUGCAUAUGGUCUCUGUAAACUUGUAGACUGCUGGUGUUGGUGAAUGUAAGGAAGAAUUGCAGUUGAUUCCAUGUUUAGCAGUCCAGAAGUUAAUACUACCAUUGAUACAGGCAGUUUUGUUGGCACCCACAUUUCUUUGGGGAAGGGAGGGGAAGGAAGUAGCGUUUGGAUACUUGUGUUUUCUUUCCAGAAAAUUAUUAAAUUUCAAACCAUGACGUAUUAAAUUUCAAAUUAUUACGUAUUA